UCAGAGACGCUACACGUCCGCCAUGCCAACAGUGUCCGGGCGGUGACACACAAACAAGACGGCUACGAAGAUUUAACAGAGGAAAAAUAUUUAUUCGGGAGAGUUAUCUAUCAGGCCAUCCUGGAAGUCAUCCACCGCCCUGUCCCCCUGUCAUUCGACUGGACUGUUGUGAAGUCUGCCUCUACCAUCAUGUCUACUGCUGCAGUAGCAGACAGAGGUUCCGUCCGUCCAGUCAGGGGCCCCGGCGACGGCAUGGAGACGGACAAGCCCCCAGUCGCUAAGGAGAUCGCUGCCGUGGAUACGCCUCUGUCCGCGGUGCCACUACUUAAGGUAGCUAGUCCCAAACACAGCCCCAAGAUGACGCACCCUGCCACCGCCAGCCUCCAACACAGCCCCCACUCCACCCCCAAGCAGAGCCCCAGAGCCAGUUCCAGAGACGCCCCGUCCGCCCCCCAGCCCCCCGGGGUGCUCCACCUGGGGAAGGUUCCCCGGGAGGCCUGCGUGGUGGUGGAGGCAGUGAGGAUCGUUGUUCCCCGUGCUGCCAUCAGCCGGAGGGGGGGUCACGUGGGUCCGGCUGAGGAGAAAGGUGAGGCCUGGGCUGGGCAGCAGAUAGAGGAGCAGGCCCGCUCUCCCUCUCCUCCUCUGGAGGACCUGAGAGGAGCCAUGGAGAAGCUGCAGAACUCAGAGAGACGACUGCUGCAGGACAAGGAGGGUCUCCUCAACCAGAUCCACGUGCAGACUGAGGUGAACAGAGAGUUGAAGAAGUUGCUGGUAGCCUCUGUAGGAGAUGACCUCCAGUACCACUUCGAGCGUCUGGCCAGAGAGAAGAACCAGCUGAUCUUGGAGAACGAGGCUCUGGGUCGCAGCCUGUCCUCCACAGCAGAACAGCUGGAACGCAUGUCUAUACAAUGUGAUGUCUGGAGGAGCAAGUUCCUGGCAUCCAGAGUGAUGGCGGAGGAGCUGACCAAUGCCAGGGUUUCUCUCCAGCAUCAGACCAGAGAGGCUCAGAGUGCCAUCACAGACCUGCUGAGUGAGAGAGAAGAGUUCUCCAGAGACAUGAUGCUAACCCACAGGUCUCUGGAGCAGCUGCUGGUCUCUCUCCAGUGGGGUCGACAGCAGACCUACUACCCCAGCGCCCAGCCCCUCAGCACGGGAGAACUGGCCCUAGCCAAUCACAAGCUGGCGGAUGCCAUCAACUCCCACCUGCUGGGUGAGGUAGGGCCUGCAGGGGGCGGCAGCAGCGGCGCCGGGCUGGGAAAGGGAAGACAGGCCUCGGAGCUCCCGAACACCUCACACACGCCUGCUGAGAAGAUGGCUGAGAAGGUGUUGAAGAUCCUGGACCCUAUUUCCUGUUCAGACAACCAGGAAGAAACCUCCCCCCUCUCUAUCUCUGACUCCUCCCCCUCGGCCUUCCUGACCAAUAAGAAGAGCAUCGGCCGUUUCCACCCCUACACCCGCUACGAGAACAUCACCUUCAACUGCUGCGAGCGCUGCAGUGGAGAAAUCUUGGUACUCUAGGGGUCAGAGGGCAGGGGUCAUGACCUUUAACCUGGACAGGUCAACGCAGGCCACUGUGAGGAACACAUUACCACCAGUUGGCUCUCUCUCUGUCUCUCUCUGUCUCUCUCUCUGUCUCUCUCUGUCUCUCUCUCUCUC